GGCAGCGCCAGGUUUGGUGGACCCGUCACUAUCGCGGACGUCUGUCUCCUAGUCGCUUCUCCACCCUCUGGAUCAGCGUCGCCCGCGCAGUCUUCUUUAAGAUACGGCAGAGGAAAGGGGUGUUGCCAGCGAAAAUGUCCGCUAUGCAUUUCGCAGCGGAAAAAGAUGCGGUGCAGGUAUGAACUCGAUGGAUCGCGCGAUCCCAAUUAGGUAAGGUCCGGAGCUCCAUCUCUUUGCUUCAUCGCCAGAAGUACCGUCAGCCAGUGCAGUCUCCGCUGCUGCGCCGUUGGAAGGGACUUUAUCCGGAGCAAAAGGAUCCAAUCCUUCUGCUCUUUCAGUUAUAAAUCCGGUAAUCCGAGAUAACGAAGCACCGUUUUCGUUUCUCGUCCACCUCGAUCCGCAGCGGUGUUGAUGAUCUCUGCCACUAGGCACAGGAUGUCGCGGUCAGAAAAAGAAGAGAAUGGGACAUUAGAGUCAAUUCCCAAUCCAGCACCAUCGUCCCGCCCAAAAGGGGAUCCCGACUACCGCAAGAAGAAGGGAAGGCAAGCGAGCUCAAAAGCCCAAGCGAGAACGGGGCCGGGUCAGGAGCAGCAGGUCCCGGCAAAUCAAGGGUCAGAGACCUUUCUCUCACCUAGCCAGCGAGACGUGGCAAGCGGUGGACCAACUUUACUUGCCUCUAUCGAAACCGACCAUCUCGCUUCGCCCGCGGUUGCAACGCCCAAGAAGCGGGGAGCAACAGCGCAGUCAGCAAGCAACCACAAUCCGGAGGUUCUCUCACCCCCUCGCACCGACCGCCGCAAGUCCGUCGCUUUUACGCUGGACACAAAAACCGUCGACGGUAGCAGCGCUUCGGAUCUCUUCAAGAAGUGGGCACAAGAGCAAAAGGGUGCGAGCGCUGAGUUUACUCCAGCUAAGCUAGCGCAGUUCGUACCGCCUCCUAAGGUACACCCUGCCAAUAGCAUUCCUCCAGCUCAAAGCCCGAGCACCAAGGAAGAGAAGAAAGCGAAGACUCCUGACAGGAAAGCGCUGAAACAGACUGAAACAGGUUCACCUGCGCCGGGUAAGGGAGCUGAGCGGUCUGCCGAUAAGUCCAAGCCACCACCUGGCUCAGCAUCCAAAUCCAAGAAGGACCCGUCUCUCUAUCUUUCGUAUCUUACUCAUGUUAUCGAGCGACUGAAAGAGCGCUGCAAGGCUACAGUCGAAGAGAUUGACGCGGCCGGCGAGCAAGAGGCAAGCACUAUGGAUGACCCAGAGGUCCGCAAAGCGGCUAAAGACGAAGCUCUGCAGGAGCAACUAAGCAGGCAAAAGAAGCGAAGGCAGCUUAACGCUAAUAUCAAGAACAUGCUCAAUCACCCUUACUUAGAGGGCUACAUUCGACGGCUUAAACGUCAACGCGCGGAAGCACUACUCUACGCACUGAAUCUUGCUGCGCCUGCCUCUAUACAACGCACGAACGGCGCAGCAACCCAGCACGCUACGUCUACAGUGAGCACUGCGCGUACACAGAAAACACCGCGCAAACGCAAAUCAAGGACAGAAGUGUCGAGCGAGGAGAGCAGUAGCGAGAGCAGCAGCAGCAGCAGCAGCAGCGAAGAGAGCUCGAGUUCUUCAGAGUCGGAGCCGGAGUCAGGGGAACGCAGCGAGUCAGACUCCGAUCGGGCCACGGAAACUUCCGCCCAAGAAGAUGAGAGCAGUGACGGCCAGGAAGACUGCUCAGCCUCAGGUUCGGACGGCGAGCGUGAAGACCUUCGACGUGGAGUACCGGUCGAUAUUUGA